CGUGUGUAAUUGGAGGCCUUUUAGUAGCCGAUAAGGGCAUGAAAUAAUUUUCACUUCAAAUAAAGUAUUUAAAAAUAAAAAUAAAUUUUCAGUUUAAUUUGAACCAUCAGCGACUAAAUAACAGAAAAAAUUAUGAGCCUGCUCUUUUUAACAACAAUUUUGGUGCUUGCCUUGUGCCACGCCGAAAUGGCACCCGACGAGGAAGACUAUGGCCGCACAUGGAUGUGGAUGCCAGAUGGUGAUGGCAAUCCUCAUGUUGCCUAUUUAACUGAACCACCCCAGGAUAGUCAACAAGAUGAUUUGCCCGAUUUUGUAAAUGUGGAGCUCUUUGAUGGAGAAAAUACGGCCAAUCCAACAACAAUGCAAAUAUCCGUGGCGAAUCAUACCAGCAGCGAGGGCAGGCAUAGCCGACACAAACGUGAUACUUGGGAAGAGAUGGCGGGCAAAUUCAAUGCGGAUUUGGAUACGAAAAUUCUGGUACACGGUUGGAAGUCGAGUACGACCAGUGAUUCGAUACAAUCUAUACGCGGUGCAUAUACGAUGCGUGGGAAUUUGAAUAUUUUCGCAAUCAAUUGGCGCGAUCAAGCGGAUAAUAUUUACUAUCUGAAACCAGCACGUUACACUGUGCAAGUGGGGCGAGCUGUUGCUAAACUAAUUGAUCUACUGGUGGAGGAAAAGGAUGCAGAUUCCAAGCGUAUACACCUCAUUGGACAUAGCUUAGGUGCGCAUAUAAUGGGUUAUGCUGGUUCUUACACGAAAUAUCGCGUUGGCAGAAUCACAGGUCUCGAUCCUGCCAGACCGGCCUUUGAGAACUGCAGCGGACCCGAGCAUCACUUAGACGCCUCGGAUGCGGAUUUUGUUGAUGUCAUACAUAGUUGUGGCGGUGUUUUGGGUUUUCGUGAACCCAUCGGUUUUGUGGAUUUUUAUCCGAAUGGCGGCGGCGCACCGCAACCGGGCUGCACGGAAAUUUCUCAAAUAUUUACCGGUUGCAGUCACGGUCGUUCGUAUGAGUACUUUGCGGAAUCUAUACAUAGUGAAAAGGGUUUCUAUGCUGCACCGUGUUCAUCGUUGAAAGAGUUAAUCGGUCGUAAUUGUACAGGAACUAAGAUACUAAUGGGUGAUCCUGUGCCGUUGAGUGCGCGUGGCAUAUAUUAUUUGAAGACGGGAAGUAAACCAGGUUUCGCUUUGGGUUUGGCCUAAUGGAGAUAUAUUUUUGAGGAGACCGCUUGAUUGUCUUCUACGAAAACGCAGUUUAUGUAUGGAGGGGAGAGUGCUAUUCAAUAUAAUAAAUGUGUUUAAAUAUAUGUGGAAAUAAAGCAAAUGAAACUGUAAAGUACU